UAUUUACAAAAUGGCAGACGCUGCUGACUUCUUUUACAACACUCCCGAACCGGCUGGGUUAAAAGCCAAUGAAGAACGAAUUAAACUAUUUUGUGACACAGCUGUCAAACGGAGCAAUGCCAGAGUUGUCCUUGUCACAUCUGGGGGAACCACAGUUCCUUUGGAAGGAAACACAGUCAGAUUUAUUGAUAACUUCAGCAUCGGAACAAGAGGCUCAGCAUCAGCAGAAUAUUUUCUGAAGCAUGGCUACUUGGUGAUAUUCCUUCAUAGGGCCAGAUCAUUGCAGCCGUACACCCGCCAUCUGCCACACACUAAACUGCUUGAUGUCCUUGAGAUUGGCAAUGAUGGGAAGUUAAAUGUCAAAGAAGAGCAUACUGAAAAGUUAAGAACCGUUCUGAAAAAGUACAAACAAGUACAGGAAGAAGGGAGGCUACUCAUGGUGGAGUUCACAACACUUGCGGAUUAUCUGCACUUGCUAAAGGCAGCUUCAUGCAUUAUGAAAAGUCUUGGAAACAGGGCUAUGUUGUAUUUAGCAGCAGCUGUUUCAGAUUUCUACAUUCCAGCUGACAAAAUGCCACUUCAUAAAAUCCAGUCCUCGGAUGGUCCCUUGAAAUUGUCAUUGGAGCUGGUUCCUAAAAUGUUGGAAGCUCUUGUGAUGAACUGGGUACCGGAAGCAUUUGUUGUGUCUUUUAAGUUAGAAACUGAUGCGGAUCUAUUGAAAGACAAGGCAUGCCAAGCCUUGAAGAAAUACAAGCAUGAACUAGUUAUUGGCAAUGUGCUGAUGACCCGAAAGAACGAGGUUGUCAUGGUGACAUUGAAGGACACAGAGUGGAUAAGGCUUGAAACCAGUGAGGUGGAGUCAGGAAUGGAGAUAGAGGAGAAAAUAGUGGACAAUCUGGUGAAUCGUUAUGCACAGUUUUGUAUAUGAUGUAGUCUGUAAGGGAUGUGGAAAAAUUGUGAAAAAUUUUUGGUGCAUUAUAAAUUUGUCUGUCCAAUUUUACUAUAUGAACAAGUUGGAAAUUGGUGUGGAAGAUUGUUUGCAUCAUAAUUCCAAAUUUGAUAAAUGAAGUAGUUUUGAAAAUUAAGUGCUGUGGAAAAAUUGUUAAAUAUUUGGUGUAUGGUUAUAUCCAAAGUAGUUUUCAUUGGAUGUGGUAAAUUGUGUGCAUUGUUUUCAUAAAUAUAUUCUACAAAUUUAAAAAUAGGGACCAUUUGUUGCAUUGUUACGUCCAAAAUUUGUAUUUAAAAUUGUUGUUAAUGGAUAAGGUAUUGUUGUUCUUAUCAAUUUAAUCAUUAUAUAUGUGAUGUUAUUUAUAAUGUUGGUGCUAAAAUUUGUUUAAGUUCUGGAUAAGUAUGACAAUUCCUUUUUAAAAUGCAAUGAGGGGGUUAUAUAAAAUGUAUUUGUUUUGUAUUAUGAGUCACAAUGCUUCUGUUUGAAAAUUGAAAAACUUAUAAUUUGUCCUUUAGAAAGCUUAACAAAAACAAAUAAUUACUAAAUAGUAUUCUCAAAAUAAAUAACUCACUUCAUAUGGAUCAUACAUGAAUAGUUUGUUUUCUUUCAAAUAGACCACAUACUGAAAUAUUCUGUUCAAUAUACAUGCACAUGAACACAUAAGCGAAUUGUAAUUAUGAAAUUAAUUCUUUAAGUUAAACAAGGUUAAUUACUAGUUGAUAUUCCCAUACAGUAUUGUUAUUUUAUUGUGUUUUUAUAGUAUGUUGCAAUUACAUAUAAAAGCUAGACAAACAAGUUUAACACUUCUGGAGAUUGCUGUGGCGUAGUGGAUAUGAUCCCCACUGUGUGACUAUUAAUUAGAUCUCCCCAAAUAUAUCAAGUACUGGUUCUACCCAGGAAACUGACUUAAUUGCGUUUCAGUAAGCUGUAGGCUUUUAAUGCAAUCAAGUUUAAAUAAAAAGGUUUAUACAUGUACUAAACAGUUUUUACUAGUCAAAAAAUAAAAUAAAUUGGAUGUUGUUUUCUUCAUGUAACAUUUGUUGAUAUUUUCCUGAAAUUGAAGUGUGCAAAUUAAGUUCCUGUGUAAAGCUGUAUUUUAAUGUUGGGACCCUAAGGGGCAAUCUUAAAUCUGAUAUAUAUGUGUCUUGUUCUGAGAAAAUUGAGCUUAAUGCAUGUGCGUAAAGUGUCGUCCCAGAUUAUCCUGUGCAGUCCACACAGGCUAAUCAGGGACGACACUUUCCGCUUUUAUGGUAUUUUUAGUUUCAAGGAAGUCCCUCCUUGCCGAAAAUCAAGUUUAGGCGGAAAGUGUCGUCCCUGAUUAGCCUGUGCAGACUACACAGGCUAAUCUGGGAUGACACUUUACACACAUGCAUUAUGCCCAGUUUUCUCAGAAUGUGGCUCAUAUAAGAAGGAUCACAUAUUCUUCUAGAAAACUAGGUUUGAGUCAAACUCAAAAAUAAAAAAAAGGUGUGAAAAAAAAUGAACAUGAUUGUAAAAUUAAUCUCAAAGUUAAAAAAUUCAAAGUUAAUUUAUAAUUUAGACUUCAAAACAUAUUUUAUGACCAAUGAAAUUUAACUACAAGAACGUUAAAUUCAUUGCAUGUUGUGUUUCAUAUGACGUUAUUGUGUUAAGUGUUUAUUGAAUGCAUUAUCUUACAUUGCAAUCAACAUUUUUGUCUAUCAUUAAGAUCUGUGUUUAUCCUGUUAAUAUUUUUUACAAAAAUGUUAGUGUAGUUUAUCCUGUUUUACUUGCCACAAAUUAGCUUGUUUGUUUCAGUGUUUCAAAAUAUAUGAUGUUUCUCAUGCUGUUAACUUGUAUAGUCCAUGUAGUCAUUGAUUGUAAUCAGGAAAUUAGAAUUUAGAAAACUAAUUGUUUUGAACGGUUGGAUCAAGUGUGCAUGACUUUUCAGUUACGAUUCACUGACAAUAUGUCAUCAGGACAUGCUCAUAGCUGGUGGUCUUUUAAGUCGCAACAUUGCGGCAAUGUCAAGUGACUUAGGAAGUUGGCACUUAGAAACAUUCUCUGUACCGUACUUGCUUCAAAGUUAUGAACAUUUUUAUUGUUUGCAUUUGUGUCAUAUUUCUGAAAUCAACAUUCAUUUUUUUUCACUUAAUUUUGUUUAGUUUGAUGGGAAUAUUUGUGUAAAGGCACUUAUUAUAGUUGUUGUUCAUUUGAACAUUUAUUUAUUGCGGUGUUUUAUUCAAAGAUUUGUUUGAAAUACUCUUAAAUCAAAAUUUAAUGUGAACAGUAAUUUUUUAGGAAAUAUGUAAGGUGUGCAUAAAGGGAACAUUAACUUUUGUUAAAACAGACAUGUUAUGAUAAAAACUGCUAUCACUAUAAAGUUACACAUCACUUCUGUUGAACAAAGUUUUACUACUGCAUUGUUAUAUUUUUUGAAUGUAUAGCCAUUUUUUUAGUUCUUGUUUUUAUUUAUAUGUGUUUUACUUCGCCUUUGUUAAAGGCUCUUUCAUUUAUUGCCCUGUUAUGUACACUUACUUACGAAUCCUAUUUUAUCAGGCAGUGUAUGCAAAGUUUAAGUAACAAAACGCGUUUGUGGCAUAUAAGCGCAAAGCAACAACCUUAUCGAUAAGUUGAUUUAUGUGAUUCCAUUUACUUUGUUCUGAAACAUGUGACUUUUUAAGGAACGUAUUGAUAAUACAUUUAUAUUUGUUGUGAGCUAAAAAUUAAUGUGUAACUUAAAUAUUUUUGUGGAAGAUAUUUUAUAAGCCAGUGCAAUGCACAAUACAUACUAUCUAAAUGCACAUUGUGUCAUUGUUGUUUUUGUUGGUGUAUUUUAUACAACACAAAUAAAAUCAACAACUAAUCUAA